AUUUAUUCGAUAGGUUCAGACAGCAUUAGACUUAUCUUUGGAAGCCAUCCAACGUUAAAAAAUGUCGAUAGAGGGUUAUAAACGAGUUAGAAAUAAAAAAAUAUCGCGUUUUUCGCUUCAGAAUAUGCUAAGGUGUCUUGAAGACCCUGAACACCCUUCAGCGGGUCCGUAUCUCCGCUUUCUGAACCUCACGGGAAACUGGCACCCGAACAUGGAAUUAAAAUCUACCCGUUUCAAACAGUUGGUAUAUUACAUGACCAUGGCCUUUUUCUUCAGUCAAUAUUUAAAAUGUGUGAUCAGCUUAAAUCUCAGUGCUGUCCUUUUCAUUCUACAAACUGCCCCUUUUCACAUGGGUACUCCUAAGACCAUCUAUUUCCGAAAGGAUUAUCAUCUCUGGGAGAAACUGAUCGAUUACAUAUCACGCACAGAGCUGCGACAGCUUUCUGAUGGAGAUGUAGAAGUUAUAGACGUUAUGGACGAGUAUAUUAAGAAGGGUAGAAGAGUAAUUUACCCAUUUUGGUUUAUGGUUAUUUGUUGCAAUAUAAGUAUAUUCACUGAGCCGUACCAGAAAAAUCAAAUGGUGGAGAAUGGAACGGAUAUUUACGUACCGCUUUUCCAUUUUUACGUUCCUUUCAACCAAGACAUUCCUCCAGGCUACUAUUAUUCUAUGGUUCUUCAGACAAUUCUUGGUAAUAUAAUGAGUUCUUACAUCAUCUCUUGGGACUCGUUGGUAAUAUCUACGUUCAUAUUUUUCACCGGUCAGCUUAAGAUUUCUCGCGUCUAUUGUACCAAAAUUAUAGACCCUGAGAGCAAAGAACGGAGUCAUGAGAAUAUUAUAAAAUGUCACCGUUUCCACACGGCUCUCAUCGAGCACCAGAAAUUAUUCCAAAAAUUGAUAUCAUCCGUGAUGUUCCUAUACCUCAUUGUGAUAUCUAUCAACCUAGGAUCCUGCAUCAUACAAAUCUCAAAUGCGUCAGGCGAUUUACCAGUAAUGAUGGGCGCCAUGUUAUUUGUAUUUGGCAUUUUAACCCAACUUUUGAUAUUCUAUUGGUUCAGCAAUCAAGUUACAGUAGAGAGUUUAUCCGUUAGCUCCGGUAUAUUCGAAAGCAAAUGGACAACCAUGGAUGCGAAAACUCAAAAGGAAGUAGCUUUGCUGCAACUCACCACGUCCAAACGGCUUUGUUUCAGAGCUGGACCAUGUAAUGAAAUGUCUCUCGACACCUUUAUUGCGAUCCUAAAAACUAGCUACAGUUUCUUUACUCUACUAAAGGAAACAAAGUAGGAUCCCGAGCCCAAUUUAUAAUUCUACACAACCACACCAAACUAUGUACAUAGUACAUAUAUUUUAAUUACUGAGCCCCUAGUGUAAAUUUAUUCGAUAGCGUGACGUGACGAACGCGUUUGCGUUAAAUCUCAUUUUGUAUGGGAUUUAGAAACAGCGCCCCAAGCGGGACGUUUUGGAAACUCAAAAUCUCAUACAAAAUUAGACUUAAGAGGCUGUCAAUACCUAAAGCGCGCACACUGUCUAUUUGUAUCGGAGUAAAUGAGAUAGCACUGUCGCAUGUUACUGGGCCUGGGCAAGGGAAUAAUAAAAAAAUAUUUAAAUAAAAAAAAGUGGAUUAUUAGUGUAAUAUUUUACUCAACCACGGUUUAGAUAUAAAUGUUUUGAAAUUGUGAUUUUAAUUGCAGACCCAUAAGUCAAAACAAUAAAGACAUAAAACCGUUUAAUUGUGAUUUUAAGACCAAUCUUUGCAAUUAUUUUCUAUCGAGCCGAUUUCGUUCAAUCAUGUAUCGAGUACAACCACGGUCUUUGAAAUAUAAUUAAUAUAAACAUAUAUUUUUUUUACUGGACUAAAACAAAUAGUCUUUCUUAAAAAACUGUUUAAGUAACAUCAAUUUCAAGGACAUUGGGUGUUGACAGCCUCUUAACGCAAACGCGUACGUCACGUUUCGCUAUCGAUUAAAUUUACACUAAGGGUACUGAUCACCAAUUAGAUCACCAUUAGGAAACUAAGUAGCACGUAGAAUAAUUAUUUAGUUAUAUAGCAGUAGGUUUCUGCAUGUACACCCUGCUGCAAAAGUGCACUUUAUAAAUGAAUUCUGUUCAAAGGAUGACUCACGCUAGACCGGACCGGGCCUGGGCCGAGGUGUCCGACACGUAAUUUUCUAUGACGGCUGAUCGGUGAUCAAUUGAUGACGUGGUGCUUUCCAUAGAAAACGAAGCGCUCCGGCCAGGCCCCGACCCGGUCUAGCGUGAGUUAUCCCUUGAUCCUUCAUCCGUGCAAUUCUGCAGCUGGCUGUACCUAGAAAGAAAGUAGUAGGGAUUGCAAUCCGGUCCGGCGGAUCCGGUAAUCCGGCCGGAUCCGGCACUUUUCAGGAGCUACCGGAUCCGGUAAAAAUCACCGGAUCCGGACCGGAUCCGGUAUAAUAAAAAAACGCCUAAAUACAGCACGCGCUGUGCGUUUCAGAUGAGUAAAAGGCAACGGAUACGAAGUAUGAAGUUGAAAUGAACAAAAAGCGAAUGAAAAAGUUUAAAUUUAGUGAGAUAAAAAUAUAUUUAUUAUGACGAUGACUGGGAACAGAAGAGGAUUUCUUCUUCUUUCAUGUUGGUGGCACGAUAUGACGAUUACAUAAAUACUGUAAUAGAAGGAAAAAUGAAAGGAUGGAGAUGCCAUGGAAGGCAUUUGUAAUUUAUGCUAAAGAGAAGGUUAAUGUCGUGUCAUAAUGUUGUGAUACGAGAUUAACCGACUACAGUUGGGCUCAUCAAUAUGUGUGAAUGAAGAAUAUAUGAUAAUAUU